AGAGCGGCGCACCCACUUCCGGACGCAGCCAUCGGGAAGGGAACCGCUAGGGGGAGCCACCCUCCCAGGGCUUAGGCCACUUCCGGUUUCAAAUGGAACCGGCUUUUCCCCGCUCCGGAUUUAAGAGAGAGGUGGGAUGUAUCUUUCCCCACAGGGAUAUCCCGGUGCCCCCCUCUCUCUCGCCCCGUACGGAAUUUUGGCCGCAUACAAAUUCUGCUUAACCGGCACUAGUUCCACUGAUCUCUAUGAACUGGGUUUUAGAAACAUAGAGCUAAAAGCGGGUGCGUUCCUAGAACAACCGGCUGUCUUGAACUUCCGGUAACAACUCGGCCGAAGCGAGGCGACUAGAGAGAAAAGGAGGCUGAGAGGGAAUAGGAAGACAUCACAGAAGGGGUCCUGGAUUCCUCAUUGUGGGAGAAGCCAUGGCAGAGCACGGGGCUCACCUCACCGCCGCUUCGGCCUUCGAAGACAGGCCAUCCAUCUUUGAAGUGGUGGCCCAAGACAGCUUGAUGUCAGCUGUGAGACCUGCACUUCAACAUGUGGCUAAGGUGCUGGCAGAAUCCAACCCUGGCCGUUAUGGCUUCCUCUGGCGCUGGUUUGAUGAACUUUACACCCUCCUGGACUUGUUGCUCCAGCAGCACUACCUGUCUAGCUGCAGUGCCUCCUUUUCUGAAAAUUUCUACAGCUUAAAAAGAGUCCCACUGCGACGUGAUAGGAGGCUGCCCUCCCGGCUGGCCACAGUUGGGCUGCCGCAGAAACAGCACUGGAAGUCCCUCUGCUUGCUGGCCCUUGUCCCUUACCUGAAAACAAAGCUGGAGAAGCUGGUUUCCCGGCUGCGGGAAGAGGACGAUUACUCCAUCCAUCCCCCAUCCUCGUCCUGGAAGCGCUUCUACAGGGCCUUCCUAGCAGCCUACCCUUUUGUCAACCUGGCGUGGGAGGGCUGGUUUCUGGCCCAACAGCUGUGCUACAUCCUGGGGAAGGCUCAGCACCACUCGCCCCUGCUGAGACUAGCCGGGGUGCGCCUGGUCAGGCUUACAGCGGAAGAUCUGCAAGCUCUAGAGAAAAAACUACUGGCUGCGAGUGCAGCUCAGCCACCAGCCUGCAGUGUGAAAGACCGAGUGAAGUUGGCUAUGAAGAAGGCCUUGGGGGGCCUGGCCUUCUCCCUCUCCACUGGCCUCUCCGUCGGAGUCUUCUUCCUCCAGUUCCUAGAAUGGUGGUACUCAUCCGAAAACCAGGAGACCAUCAAGUCAUUGACUGCCCUGCCCACCCCACCGCCACCCCUACACCUGGACCACGACACAGCUUCUCCCCUCUUGCCAACGCUCAAAACCAUCUGCCCACUCUGCCGCAAAAUCCGAGCCAACGACACAGCUCUCUCCACGUCCGGCUUUGUCUUCUGUUACCGCUGCGCUUACAACUAUGUAAGGAAUAAUCAGCGGUGCCCCAUCACGGGUUAUGCCACAGAACUUCAACACCUUGUCAAAUUAUACAUGCCUGAAAACUGAAUGUGGGAAGGCAUCCUUUAUCUUGAGUGCCAUAGGGGAGCUUCUAUAGUGUGUUUGGUGAAAUACCUGAGAUGGCAGCAAAGAGACAUUCCAGACUAUGCGGCCUCUAUGAUUCCAGGGCUACCCACCCCAUGGGAAGCAGUCGUGCUUUGUGGAGGGUGCCGACUACUGAGGGUUCGCCCGCAUUUCUUCUCCCUGCAGCUCUUAAGACCCUGAAUUGCCAAAGUCUUGAUUUUAAGGGAUAUGCACUUGAAUGUUUAUAUGGUGUAUGCAAACCAGCUUCGUGUUUUGGCUUGCCCGUGCUGGGCCUGCCUUGUUUUGGUGUUAUGUGCAUGUCUAUGCAAACACAUACCUGUGCCAUCACCCCCAAAAAUUCACCACUGAAUGCAUCUUUUCCCUAUUAUAAAAA